AUGAGCAUACCCGGUCCAGGGCUGGGCGCCAACACAGUCAUCAGUUCCACUGCCCCACCGUCCCGAGCCUCGGUGGAUGCCUGCGACCCCUGCCUUUUGCCAAUGUGCGGUCGUGAGCACUUCCAUCGAUGUGGUUACCGCAGCACGGACUCCGACAGCGGUGGUAGUGAUAAAAGGAAGGAGCACAGACGUAAAGGCGCCUCACACGAGGCCCAGCAGCCAUUUAAAGGCCUUCGAGUUCCUCUUCUUCACAUGAUGGGUGGGAGUUUCACGAUCGAUCGCAACAGCCUCGCGGUUGGACGCCUCUCGACCGGCUUUUUGGCGGAUCCAUAUAAAAAUCUGAAGCUGCUUCUCCAAGAAGGGAUCGAUCGGGAGGCCUAUAUCGUCUUUCGCUAUGGGCUCAUCAUGGCGGAGCACCUCUUUGGCGGGGUUGGCGGCGGCCCCAAGGUCCCGUCGGAUACCCCUGCCGUGGUGGUUCCCAUAACGCAGGCGGUGCCCGGGUUUCUCCAACUCCUGGCGGCCGAGCGCGAGCAACGAAGGCGAUCGGGCAGCGCCGAUACCCCUCUUUCUGCGACGGAUGGCGCCCCUAAAAAAGGAGGGGGGGAUGUCGCCACGAGCAUACCAGGACCUUUUGGACGGAGUGUAGUGGGGUUACCCGGUCGUCUCCCCACCAGCUCUUCCCUUCUUUCCCCUUUGAUGCGGCAUAUGGUGCCGGACGGGGGGCCGGAAGGGCAGCCCACUCAGGAGUUGUGCGCCGCGAUCGGUUCCUUGCGGGAGUUGAUGUUGCGCGCGAUGGGGUGGUUGGGGUGGUCGAAAGAUUCAGCUUCUCAAGCGGAGGUGGAGGCGGGCGGGGUGGCAAAAAAGCAGCGCCCCCACGGGCUCCCGACCCCCCCUAUUCCCACCACGCGGGAGCCGCCACAUCGCGCGGGCGCCGCCACGACGGAGGAAGGGGAUCCCGCGACGCCGCCCUCCCUAAAGUCCCGGCGAGGGGGACUGGCGUUGUAUUUUAUCGAGGGCGACGGCGUCGGCCUCAGCAGUCUUCAGGAGGCGAUCGAGCGUCGGGUGGCCGUGUUGGUGCUCCUUGAGCGGUUUGAGGAGGCCUCCGAGUUGUUGGCGCUCUACGCCUCCUUUCACCCGUUGUAUCCGAACAUCGCCUUGGAGUUGUCCGCGGUGGGGACCGCGCUUUCCGUCCCGCACGCGACGUCGGAGGCCCCGCGGUCGGUUGGGGGGUUGAGGGAGGAGAUGUCGUCCGUGCGGUUGCGCACGAUGGGGUGCACGUAUUGGUUAUCCUUGGCGCUUUAUUUCAUCGACACCUUCGUGCGGCCCGCGCGGGCGGGUGGCGAGGCCGCCCUCUCGCGAACCGCCCAACGGAAAAGCGCCACCCCGGCCGUCAAGCCCGGUGGGGGGGAAGCGCAGGCGACCGCGACGACGCAUCCCGGGAAGCCCGUCGCGCAAGGCGCACGACCGCCCGAUCGCCUGCGGUAUUAUUUUCAGAUUCUUGAGCUGUACCCACGACUACCGCUCUCGGAUGUCCUCGCGCUGGGUGUUUUAAUCCUCCUCCCACCCAAGUACACCACGGCCGAUAUCGACCUCACCAUCCGGGCGCUCCGGAUCCUUGUGGAUCAGCAGUACGAUUCCGCCCCACGACGCCGCAGGGGGGCCGCGGACGGCCUCGUUCACCCCCCGACGAGCCCCAUGGAGGGGCUUUUGCGGGAUUACCCCGGCCGCUGCUCGUUGUUGUUGACGGCCACCGUGGAGGAGGCCACCCCGGAGAGUCCCGCGUUGCAGCGCUACGUGGACGAAACGGCGGACGUGCAGGGGCCGCUCGGGUACAUCACCGCCUUUGGCGAAACCCGCGGGGUUGCCUACCCCAUCUGGCGGGAGGCCUACCGGGCGCGGCUGAACGCCCACGGCUACGGCGUCAAACGCUGCGAGUACGAUCUGAGUACGAUCAAGAUGCUCACCGCGCGCGGCGAGGCGUCGAGCUACGGCGCCCCGGACGGCCUCUUCGCGGUGAGCGGGGAGAACAGCCUGAAGCUGCCGUUGGGGCUGCCGGGGAUCGCGGGCUUUGGCAAACUCCCCGCCCCCGGGAGCGCGCUCGGUUGCAUGAUGAAGCAAACCUUCGGCACGCUGCGGUCCUCCUCGACCGCGCAGGUGGGACGCCUGCCGGGUUUCCAAUCCGCCCUGCCGGGGAAUCCACGUCGGGGGGUGGAGCUGCGCUGCAAUUGUGGGCAGCCGAUGCACACCACGGCCCCUUCCAUCGGCGCCGUCACGCAGACGGUGCACUGCCGUAAACAACCGAUGCCGUGCGGGAACUCGGAGUGCACGCAAGGGCAGACACCGAUGUGUGUGGUCUGUGGGGAGCGGAUGGAGCCUCGCAUGACGGAGCUCCCGCCGGAGCGCUCCUUCGUGUGGUGUACGGUGUGUUUGCAUGGCGGGCACUGGUGCGAUAUGCAGGCGUGGUUUGCCAAGCAUACCAAGUGCCCGGUGGAGAACUGUCCUUGCAACUGUUGUGAUGGUAAAACGCUCUGA